CGCGGACAUGGCGGCGCCCGCCUACCCCGCCUGGGUCACCCGCUGGGUGUCGGGGCAGUGGCGGAACAAGAAGCGGCCCCCGACGCUCCGCCCGUCCCGGACGCUGGCGCUGGCCGACAAGGUGGCGAACCGCCGGGAGCAGGGGACAGAGGCAACGUGCAUUACGGAGAUGUCAGUGAUGAUGGCCUGCUGGAAACAGAAUGACUUCAACGACGCGCCUUGUGCCAAGGAGAUCAGGAUGUUCUAUGACUGCGUGGCAAAGGCAGAAAAAGAGCGCAAGAGUCAAAAUGAGGACACCCUGUCAUCCAGGGGAAACUUGCCUUCAAGCAAAGUGAACAAGCUGCUGAAGAGGUUUCCUCAGAUCACACGUUAUGUAUAAUGUACUUUACUAAAGAGACUGUGGACAAGCAAUUAAAGUUGGGGUCUUGGUCAAAAAAGAGGAAAGUCAAGUUGAGUGAUUUUUUGCUGUCAAGUGGUGUGUGGAUCUUGACCCUGCUUUUGAUUCCAGAACAAAAACCACCCAUCUCGAGUAUCAGCUGAUUUUGUUCAUGAGACUCUUGGGUCUUGCAGUGUUAAGAUUUCUGCAGUGUGUUGUUCAACUACUUGAGUCUUCACUGUUAAAUAAAACCUUCUAGGCAUACAUGUGUAAAUGCAUUUCCUAGCAGGGAAUGACUUCUUCACAUGCAAGCUGCUUGCCCAGCUCUGGAGCUGCUAUCAAAAAGUGUUUGGGCUCAAACACUGAGCCAAGUUAGAAUUGAUAGUACUGAUGGUAAUGAUGGCUUGUCUCUUACAUUGGUGUAUACACAACCUGGUGCCUCUUGAAAUCUUUUUAAUUUCCACUGCUGUAAAAAAAGGCUGUAGAAUUUCGAAAACAUCUCCAGCAAAAUGCCUUGUUUAUACGUAAUACAUUGGUAAGUAUCAAAUUUAACUUUAACAUGGAAGUUUGUGAUUUAGACACUGAUUUGCAGGUGGGACAGGUGUGGUGCCACUUAAGUUUGAUUAUUUUGUCUGUACUGUAAUAAAGCAAGGCUGGUGUUUAACUUGGGCAACUCAUAAUCUA